AUGCCUCUGCGACCCUCGUUUGACGACCUCCCGCUCGACAAGUCGGGCCCUCCAGGUAACGCGUGGACUCUGUACCCGAAGAACGAUACGCUCGGCACCCUGAAUCUCCUCACACCCGAGACCACCGUCGCCGCCUCGAAACAGAUCGUCGACGGCACCCGCGUCUCGGUUGACCUGACCCUCGGCCACCUCGCCAGGCCCUGCUUCGGUCGACAGUCCCUGAAGCAUGACAUUUGGCUCAAAGAGGGCCGCGUCGUGCACGACGACGCAUUGAGCUUCAACACGCAGAGCAGCUCGCAAUGGGAUGGGUUCCGGCAUUUUGGGUACCAGGAGCACGGGGUGUUCUACAAUGGCUGGACAAGUGAGCAGCUGCUGAAGACGGACGAAAUGGGCAUGCAGUCUUGGGCUGAUCACAAGGGUAUCGAGAUCAAAGCCCUGGACACAACCUCCAUCCCGGUGUCGAACAUCAAGGAGGUCCUGGCGCAUCAGAACACCACCCUACAGCCUGGCGAUAUUGUCUUCGUCCGGAGCGGUUACGUCCGUGCCUACAACGCAGCGACUUCCGAGAAGCGGCAAGAACUAGCUAACACAACUGUGCCGCCAGCCAUUGGACUCGAGUCUUCUAGGGAGACUCUGCGCUGGCUGUGGGAUGGGCAGUUUGCAGCCAUUGCAGGUGACCACCCGAGCAUGGAGGCAUGGCCGUGCCAAGACACGAAACACUGGUUGCAUGAGUGGUGUCUUGCUGGAUGGGGCAUGCCCUUGGGUGAACUGUUCAAUUUGGAGGCACUGAGUCGGACCUGCGCGGAGAAGAAGCGGUAUACAUUCUUCUUCAGCAGCAUGCCUCUCAAUGUACGCGGCGGUGUCGCAAGUCCUCCCAACGGCGUUGCUAUAUUUUAG